AUGACAUAUUCCCUGGAAAUACACUGUAGGAGCGCCACACAAAGAUAAGCUGUGUCUGUAGGUCACAUAUGGUACAGCUCAGGAUGACGGUUUCCCAGGUGGUCGUGGUCUUUGUAUUGCUGGGAACACUGGUCUGCAGCAUUCCCCAUUCCCGAAGAGGGAGUUGUCUUCUCCUGUGUGGGGAUUAUGUGAACAGAUCCUGUCCCUCUGGUUAUGCGUGCAAGUCCAAUGGUUGUGGCGCUGAGUGCAUGAGGACCACGUACACCCAGCCAGCAGGGUGUCCAGCAUUUGAAUGUCAACUUCACUGUCCACUGGGGUACCUCAGAGAUUCUAAGGGCUGUGAAUCCUGCAAAUGUGACUACUCCGCUUUGGCAAUAGCGCCUGGCAAAUGAACUGAUUCAAAGGAAGGAACUAUAAUAUUAUUCACUUCACUCGUGUAAUAAUAUACCCAUAAAGAAGUACAGCACCUGUCCAAAAUUGGAUUUUAAA